AUGUUACAAAACCAUAAGAGUGAAACUGCAGCAGAAACCGCAGUUGUCUCAGUUACUGCUAACGUGGCUGGGAAACUGAAACAGGACGAUGAGUGGUUAAAGUGGCUAGAAGAGAAUGUGGAAAAAAGUCGAGAACUGAGAGAUCAGAUUGUAACAAGGCUUGACAGCUUUGAAAACUGCUUGAAAAUGCUGGAGGAACGUAUAGUGCCUUUGCAUAACAAAACUGCGAUUUUUCAAAAAAGACAAACAAAUCUCUCGAAAGUUAUAAAGACUAUUGAUGCCAUGCAGCAGUUUUAUGGUCAGGCGACGGAACUGGAAAGUGCUAUACGCGAAGGAAGCGCAUCACUCGAUAGGGAAAACUACAUUGAAAAAAUGGAUCAGCUGGCAGAUGCUAUAACAUUCUUUUCUUCUCAUCCCACAUAUCAGAAUCAGCUCGAAAGCAUGAAGUUGACUUUUGAAUCUGGUUGUGUUACAUUGGAGAAGGAAUUUCGUAACGUCGUACAGUCGAAUUCGAUCGUAGCCGACGCUGCACAUGUCAUUGAGUGUUUAGACCAAGACUUUGAGGUGAUUCCGGCCAGGUUAAAAGAAGUAGUGUCAUUACGAGAUGGGUCAGAAAUUGUACAGUUAGCACGAUGGCUUCUUUCGCGAAAUCCAAAUGGAAGCUUGGUACAGAAUUAUGCGUCAAUUCGUGGUGACAAUAUGUUACGAACGUUGUCAAACGUUCUUCAGUACUCUGGAGGAACGAAGCAAAGUCUAACACCGGUAGCUAAGCCGUCACCUAUUUCGCUCAAACAGGCCUUGAAACGAGCCACUGGUCGAAGUUCGGACCGGUUUGGGGCCGUUAAAGAUUGGCGUACUUCAGAUGAAACUGUUAGCGGUAUCUUGUUAGCCUUUGGUUCUCUUCUGGCUCUCAUCCAAGUUGAGGUAGAAGUUAUGGGCAUUACUAUCAAUGAUCUGACGACAGAAGCUCGGAUACAGCGUGUAAUGUUUGCACAGCCUCUGCGUAGUGUCAUUGAACGCUCCUCGAAGAUCUUUGACGGGCUGGACUGUUCCCUUGUGCCUUUGCUGCCCUUAUUGAAGCAUAUCAGUACGCAUUACAAUCAGCUGGCAUCUCUUUCUAACGUAUCGCUUCGCAUAUUGAUGUUUUCAGUUUUUUUCGCUCGUGUUCUCUCAGCCCUACGUCUGAAUUUGAAAAAUAAAGCAGACAAUUAUGGCACUGACGAAACUUUAGCUGCCGUUUUUCUACUGAAUAACAAUAGUUACAUUCAUCAUGUAUUACAAAAUGAUGGAGUAUUUGCUCUUAUAUGUGAACAUAACUCCGAAAUACGAUCGUUUUAUAAGUACGAAAUAAACUUCAUUGGACAGUAUUUAUUUAGCUGGGAUCGUGUUAUAAGUUCUUUGGUCCAUGAAGUUGUUCCAUAUGACGAUAAGCAGGCUUAUCGUAACACUCUUCUGACGUUCACCAGUGAGUUUGAGAAGCUUAUUGCUGCUCAGAAAGGAUAUUGUAUCGCUGAUGUUAAAGUUUCGCAAAGUAUUAAGGACAGCAUCAGGAAACUGCUACUGGAACCAUAUACGGACUUUUACAACAGGUUUUUAUCUGAUAUUUGGAACUUAUCAUUUAGGAUAAUGCGUUCGCCAUUUGCUAAAAGCCUGGAGAAACAUAUAAAAUAUACUCCAGAUUCGCUAGAAAUGGUUAUAGACAGAUUGUUUGAUGUCUCAGCUUAG